GUAAUUUUAUAUACUAAUUUACAGAUUUACUGUUCAACAAUGCUCUCAAGUGUCAACGUGGUCUCAACUAGCUUUACAUAAAUCUUCAUACGUAGGUGGAACUAUCGUCGAUAUUUUUAUUGUCAUUGCUGUUUAUUUAGGCAUUUUUCAAUAAUAUAUUGUUAAUGAAAUCUUGUGAGAUUCUGCAAAUAUAAAUGCGAGGUUAAUUUCAAGUGAUUGCUCAUGAAACUGGAGUGUACCAUUACUAUUAUCGUGUGAUUGCCUAGCAAUAAUGUUUACAAAGAGCUUUAUAUUGAUAAAUGUGUUCUGCAUUGUGUCUACGAACCAUUUAACAAAGGAAAUAGUCCGAAAUUGGGCGUCAACGAUAGAAGAAUACCUGAUCGAGUUAGCCGAACAAGGAUUAAGAACGAAAAAUUGCAAACGUUGUACGACGAAUCUACGUACGUAGAGGAACAAAGAAGUGGCUUGGCAACUGUAGAGGCUGUCAAGGAGAAACUGGGAGAUUAUUUCUCGAAAAAAGAACAAGCGGCUAAAACAUUAGCAUCAGAAACAGCAAGGCUUCUUAGUUCAUUCAACCACACAACCUACGAAAAUGCAACAUCAGUUCAAGAUUUGCCAUCAGAUAUUUACUCUGAUUCCGACCUGCAACAGUUCAACCCUGUUAUUUCACCGAAAAUAUAACUUAUUAUUUAAGCAAUCCAUCAGUCUCCAACAGAGUGCAGUGAAGAUCUCUGAUCAGGCACCAAGAGAUAAUAAAGAAAUUAUUAACACCAUUGCUUGGAGUGCCGGUCUUGAUGAUAUAUUUAUUAAGAAUUUGGGCAACGACUUAGAUCUCAGAUGGCAAUAUUUUGGCUCCAACAAUGGUUUGUAUCGUAUGUAUCCGGGACGAGAAUGGCAAACGAACUUCGUGGGUUUUUACGAGGAUUACGAUCCGCGGGUCAGACCGUGGUACAUUGCGGCAACAUCCGGGCAAAAAGAUGUCAUUAUAGUCAUCGACUGCAGUAGGUCGAUGGCGGGAAAAAAGUUCUCGAUGGCGAAGUCUAUCGCAAUCACAGUUUUGAAUACCGUAACGAAACAAGACUAUGUGAACGUGAUCUGUGGCCAAGAACCGUAUUAUGAUGCUGUUGGCAAUUACAUUAGCGAUAUAAGAACAAGAGCUUUGAGUUGUCAGCAAAAUCGUCUUGUACCAGCCUCCACUUCACAUCGUAAGGAUCUCAUUGCAAAAAUUAAGGAUUUACAGGCAAGAGGAUCAACCAAACUGAGCAACGCGUUCGAGAAGUCCUUCAAACUUCUUCAUGGUAAUACGGGUAGUGGUUGUCAGUCUUUAAUCAUUUUCAUUACGGAUGGCCAGGACACAGAUGGCGAUGAAGUUCGUUGUGAUAAAGGACAUUAUGCAAAAAGUGACUACGUCCCUGGGAAGAAAUGUCAAUAUGAUUGGAACAUCGUCUGGAAUAAGGUCAAAACAUGGAAUAAAGAAGGGGACGUCAAAAGGACUCGUAUAUUUUCAUAUCUUGUUGUGGACGACGGUGAAGAAUUUCCUGGCAAGCUUGCAUGUGACAACCGCGGGUUCAUGAAGAAGAUUGUUGAAAGUACCAAUCUCAUUAGCCAGAUGCAGGAUUAUUACGAAUUUUUGUCAGCUAAUACUCUGUCUUCCACACACAUCACAUGGAGUCCUCCCUAUUUGGACGCACUAGGACUGGGACUAAUGGUGACUGCUGCUAUCCCCAUAGUGACGAACAGGACAAUCGGAGUGAUAGGGAUUGAUGUGACACUUGAUGAAAUAGGGAACAUUCUAACUGGUUACACAUGGGGAUCUGCUUACGCAUUUCUCAUUAAUAAUGAUGGUGAAGCUAUUUUCCAUCCGUUACUACGAGCUACCACGCAGCUUGUUGAUGAUCCUAUACUUGUGAACAUCGGUGAACUCGAGCAGAAAGCUGGUACCCAGGAAGCAGAAGCCUUUCGCGAGAUAACUGAAGAGAUGAAGAAGGGUAAUACUGGAUCGCGAAGGAUCGAACAAGCUGUGAGAGCAGUGCCCAAGGGAGAUUUUCAAGAUGGUCUUCAGUACAUCAAGACACCCGUGACGUAUUUUUAUUCGGGAAUACCAGACUCCAGUUAUUCCUUUGCGUUCAGUUUUACGGACUCGGACCUCAAGUAUAGACGCCCUGAACGUCCAAAGAGGUCACAAGCAGGCACUACAAGGAGCUUUUAUGGAUAUAUGCGGUCAUAUAAUGAUACAUACGUACGGAAGCAACUCGGUCCACUGUUUGAUAUUUUGAACUUGGAAUACGACGUCGAAGAUUAUCCCGAACUAUACAUCUCACGUAAUCAUUCGUCCGUGUUUAUCGCAGCCAGAGCUUAUUGUGAUCCUAACAAGUACCUUUUUGACGACAAUUCACCCCAACUUACCGUUGAUAUCCAUAAACUUAUCAAUGAUCUGGCGAACCUCGGUGAAUGCAAUACUGGCAGUACAUUGAUACCCGGAAGUGUAAGAGCUGAUGUAGUCAUAACGGCUCCUAUUGAAUCAGCAUGGAAGGCAAGGAAUGAGACGUUUUUAAAGGACGUCCGCUGGACAUACGUAGCGACUACUCGUGGUGCUUUUCGCAGCUAUCCCGGACAUAGGACGCCUAAGAAUUUUGAUCCAAGAAGACGUCCUUGGUACCAUCGAACUAUCGUGAACCCGUCGAAAAUCUCCGUCUCGAAUGCCUACAUGGAUUUAAAUGGCAUUGGAAAAGUGAUUACAAUGUCACAAGCAGUCUUUGAAAGCAUCGACCCUCAUUCGGACUGCACAGGAGUGAUUAAACAUGGCGGAUGUCAUUGUAACAGUCACCGUGAUUGCUUGUCCCGAUAUUGUCUGAAGAAACGAUGUACUGGAGACAGAGUCGAAGCUGUUGUUGCACUUGAUAUUAAGUAUCCAGACUUUCAUCAAAGUAUUUAUGAGCGGUUAAAAGCCACCGGGGACAAGAAGACGUGCGGGAAUAAGUACCCCUGUCCUGACGGCAUUCAUACGUGUGAAACAAGAUGUUAUCUUGUCGAUAACGCUGCGAACCUCGUCACAGAUCCCGACUUUCUUCACGCGAACAUCACGGAUGAACGAGAAUACGAGAGAGUUUCCCUGGGAAGGAAAGAAGGCGACAUCAUGAAACAACUGAUCCACGAUCACAAAGUCUUUAAAAGAACACGACGUUCGGAUUAUCAAGGCAUCUGCAGUGUGUCGCCGUAUUUUCCAAAGGUGACGUUAAAAGGUAUCAUUCAGACCCCGGAGGAAGAGGACGAGUACUAUCGGAACAAAGGUCCCAUCCCACCGUUUCAAAAUGAGUACGGCUGCAUACAGGACGUUGUUGGCUACAACGCGCUUCCAUUUGAAGAUGGGAAAGUUUUUGCGGGCAGUUCUUUUGGGCCUUGCACAACUGGCAAUUACUUCUUCACAGCUUUGCCAAAGACCAAUCUUUAUCUUCUUGUGAUUGAAGAUUGGACCCGCUUUCGACAAUCUUACUUCUACAACUUCAAUUGCCGCAUCAGUAAUCGCGUAUUUGAUGCCGGCGCUUAUCGUAUUGUCAACGGCACAUGCAAGCACAUCGAAGUUAGGUCUCCAAAGGAUGGAUUGUGUCCUACAUUGCGUAAUAUUCACCUCAAAUGCUCUUACAAUCAAAGUAAAACGCUUUCUCCAGUGACAUUUUUGAUCUUGUUAACAGUCCUUUUACUAAUAUGGCGAUAAUUUAGCGUCAUUAAAAAGAUGGCUCCGAGCAA